GCUGUCAGUUUGUCUUGAGAAAGAACAGGUCUUUUCCCCUCAUUUUUCUUAACUACUAUGUCCAGACAAAUGGACAGCUAAGAGUAAGCAUAUGUGCUAAUAUGAGCUGAGGAUAUAGGUAGCUGCAAGAGGAUGGGCAGGAAGAGUAAACUAAGAAGUGGAACAUUCCAGAAUAUUCUCAGAAUGAUUCUAAUAAUUAAUAUCAUUAUGUGCUCUCAAAUAAAUGUACACAUUAUUUCUUUUGGGUGAUGCUCUGGGGCUGUACAACAUGCCCAAGGCUAAACAGGCUGGUUCUUGUCAUGGUAGGCACAGUGGGGAAAUUGGACUCCCAACCUCAGGUUUCAUAGCCAGGUGCCCAAACCCUUGAGCUAUACAGACCAAUAAUAAUUACAGGCCAUCAAAUCUAUUCUGACUUAUGGCAAGCCUUCCCAGGACUUUCUAGAAUUAGAGUACCCAGGAGUGCUUUUAUGGUAAAGAAAAUAUGGAGCUGUAAUCUGGACUUCCUCUCAGGGGGAAAGGGUGUGUGGAGGAGUUCCAUUCAUAGCCUUAGGGGGUAUCUGUGGUCAGUCUCCUAUAGAAAUCUGAUCUGAAUGGUUCCUCCCUCUACAUUCUUUGCAACCUCCCUGACAUCACAAGUGCCCUUUGUGACAGAAUUAUGGCACAGGAGUCCUGCCAGUUCUAACAGAUGACUGUAGGACUCCCCAACAUCAUAUAAUAGUGUAGCAAAAAAUGAGAACUCAAAGAUCCUGUAAAAUGCUAAUUUCACAAUGCUAUGUGUAUGUGACAUCAUAGAUGGAUGGGGGACAAGACAAUAUAGAACCACCCCAGGGAAACAAGACCCAACAGCCCAGUAUCAACACAUCACCACCACCAAAGAUGAUCCUGGAGGAGGAGAAAGGAGACGAAGCAUUACAAUGUAUCUUCAUCAACACCAAUCCAUUGCCAAUUUUAGCAGAAAUGGAAGGCAGACUGGCAAAACGAGCAUGGGCGGCAGUAGGGAAAGAUGACAGCCAGGUUUGGAGAUGGCUUGUACGAUUCCUACAUGAGAAUAGAUCAGGUUAGAUACUCAGAUCCGACAAAUGAAGAAUGCAAUCCUACUGGACUUCCUUCGCUGGGGAGACCUAAUGUAACUACUAACACAGUCACAAUGAAGGAUCAUCUUUUGACUGGGAGCCAAGUCAAAGUUGAGCAGUUAUUUGAAGACUCUGGCAACAGAAGGAGUAGUACUCUCCAGUCCUCUGGAGUAAAUGGUUCAGAGAGAUCUUUUCCGACUCCAGCAAAAGAUAAAAGCUUUGAGAGUAUAAGUACCACCAAGAAUAGUGGCAGUUCAACAAAAGCACAUAAAACUGGUGGUCAGUCACCAGAUCAAGCGCUGAAGCAAUAUAAACAACAGCUGACAGCGUAUGAGCAGCAAGAAAUACUUAACUUCCCUGAAAUUUAUUUUGUGGGUCCAAAUGCAAAGAAAAGACAAGGAGUUAUUGGUGGCCCAAACAAUGGUGGGUAUGAUGAUGAACAUGGCAGCUAUAUCCAUGUGCCUCAUGACCAUCUUGCCUACCGAUAUGAAGUGCUUAAAAUAAUUGGAAAAGGUAGUUUUGGUCAAGUAGCUAAAGUUUUUGACCAUAAGAACCACCAGCACCUGGCCUUGAAGAUGGUACGUAAUGAGAAGAGAUUCCACAGGCAAGCAGCAGAGGAAAUCCGGAUCUUAGAGCAUCUCAAAAAGCAGGAUAAGACUGGCAAUAUGAACGUGAUCCAUAUGCUAGAGAGUUUUACCUUUCGGAAUCACAUAUGUAUGACCUUUGAACUCUUGAGCAUGAAUCUGUAUGAGCUGAUCAAAAGGAACAAGUUUCAAGGAUUCAGUGUGCAACUUGUACGUAAAUUUGCCCAUUCUAUACUUCAGUGUCUGGAUGGUCUUUAUAAAAGCAAAAUCAUACAUUGUGACUUGAAACCUGAAAAUAUUCUACUAAAACAGCAAGGGCGGAGUGGGAUCAAAGUCAUUGAUUUUGGAUCCAGUUGUUUUGAGCACCAAAGAGUCUAUACUUACAUACAAUCUCGAUUUUAUAGAGCCCCUGAAGUCAUUCUUGGAAGUCGUUACGGGAUGGCUAUAGACAUGUGGAGUUUUGGUUGUAUUCUUGUGGAACUGUUGACUGGUUACCCUCUUUUUCCAGGAGAAGAUGAGGGUGAUCAGCUAGCUUGUAUGAUGGAGCUCCUUGGAAUGCCCCCACAGAAGCUACUGGACCAGUCCAAGCGAGCCAAAAAUUUUGUCAACUCAAAAGGCCAUCCUCGCUAUUGCACUGUAACAACACAGUCAGAUGGGAAAGUAACUCUUACUGGUAGUCGAUCACGUAGGGGUAAAAUGCGUGGUGCUCCAGGCAACAAGGAUUGGGUUACAGCAUUAAAAGGCUGUGAUGACCCCUUGUUUAUAGAAUUCUUAAAAGAAUGUCUUAAUUGGGAUCCUUCAGCUCGGAUGACUCCUAGCCAAGCUUUAAGACAUCCUUGGAUUUGUAAACGAGUGCCUAAGCCACCCGGAAUGGAUAAAACGUCAGGCAAGCGGAUUGCUCAUUAUACGAGCUCUUUCCCAGGGAUUGGUUCCAGAUUACCCCCAGUUAUUGGGGUAGCUAACAAACUGAGAGCUAAUUUAAUGUCUGAUGCAAAUGCCAAUAUACCUCUAUGUACUGUGCUACCAAAAUUGGUCAGCUAAUAGAGAAGUACAUAUUCCUAGAGUACAUAUGCUGUGUUUUUAAUUAUCUUCUUUAUAAAAAGAUUGUUAAAUGCAAAUGUUUAAGGAGGGAGGAAAAAGAAAAGAAUUUAUAUUGAGCACUAAAUCUUGUAUAAAAAAGAAUCUGAAUCAAAACAUAAAGCAUUCUAAGGGCUGUGAUUGUUUUGUCACGUUUCAGCUGGAAUGUGGAGCUUGUUUCAUGACUUCCAAUAGGUCAGCACAUUUGUUAUGUUAGCUGAAAUUACACAUUGUGUAAUAGAUGGAUUUUAUAGCAUUCUUGUAAUAAAACUUUUGAAAAAGCCCA